AUGAUGGGCGAGGGGCAACCUGUUAAUCCGGAGGAUCUCAAGGCACUCAAGGAGCGGAUGCAGCUAAUUGCUGAAGCUGAUCCCACGCAGUACCACAAUGAGUUCUCACUCAGGAGAUACCUCCGGGCAUUCAAAACGGUUGAUGCGGCUUUCCAGGCAAUCCUGAAGACCAACAAGUGGCGUGAGAACUACGGUGUGAAGGAUCUGGAGCAGCAGCCGGCGAUUCAGAACAAUUUGCUUAAAGCCAGAGUGCUCAAUCAUCGCGACAUCACGGGCAGGCCGGUCAUUUAUAUUCCGGCAAAAAAUCAUAAUUCAUCCGAAAGGGACAUAGAUGAACUCACAAAGUUCAUUGUCUACUGCCUGGAAAAAGCAUGUCAGAAGUGCUUUGAGGAAGUCACGGAUAACCUCUGCAUUGUCUUCGAUUUAGCGGAAUUCAGUACAUCAUGCAUGGACUACCAACUUGUGAAGAACCUCAUCUGGUUGCUCAGUAAGCACUACCCGGAACGCCUUGGAGCGUGCCUCAUCAUCAAUUCUCCCGCAAUUUUCUCCACCAUCUGGCCUGUAAUUCGUGCCUGGCUGGAUGAGAAUACCUCAAGUAAGGUAUUUUUCGUUAAUUCCGAAGAGGAGCUUUGCAAGUACCUCAUCCCCGACAUUCUACCCAAUGACAUGUAGUGCGGGCAGCUUGACAUUUAGCACCUUUUAAGGUGAACUUUGUGUUGUUUUUAAGGGUUGUACACAAAAAGAAUUUGCAGGACAACAUGAUUUGCAUUUAAAGGAUUUAAUCCACUAAUAAAAUUACUUUUUCAUGUUGUAACUGCUAAUUCUUUUUUUUAAAUGGAAAGUAAAGAUACGUAUAGAUAGAAUGUUUCUUGUCAAUUAAAUUAAUUUUUCUCCACUAAAUAUGCUUCGUUUUAUGCUGCAUGUAACAGCAACACAUAAUGUAAAGAGAAGAAAAUUAUAUUCUAUGACACCGAAAAA